AUGAGUAGACAUCUCGAGGCAUUGAGAAAAUAUAGUGCUUGCGAUAUAUCAGAUGGAUUAUUGAAUCUAUAUAACAUAGCACAUGGCGGAUAUUUUCCCAAUUUGACGCAAUGGUCUGGGAUUAAGAGGGGCACCAUAGCUGGGAAGGCAUAUACUGUGCUAUUUGCUCCUAUAAGUGACCCAAGACCCGAGAUCAAUUACAUUGAUGACAUUCCGCCGAAUUCGUUUAUUAUUAUAGGGCUAGAGCGAUCUCUACAGCUGGCUGCUGCACCUUACAGCACCAUUACAAGAGCAUUGUUUGGCGGUUUAAUGGCCACAAGGGCCCAAUAUCUGGGUACGCUGGGGACUGCGGUAUUCGGGAGAAUAAGAGACCUUCCUGAACAUAAGAAACUGGAAUAUCCAGUAUUCAGCUACAAUUUAGGUGCUUGUGCUUCAAAAGGUAUCGUCAAGCCCGUGGCAGUGAAUGAAACGCUUUCUAUUAUGCUACCUGAUUCCUCAAUAGAAAAUAUAGAUCACGAUGAUAUUAUCGUUGGUGACAUUCAUGGUAUAGUUAGGAUCCCCAAAAAAAAAGUCGAUUUGGAUAAAUUGAUUAAUUACAUUUCUAAAUCUGUAGAAGUCGAUGAACAAGUUGCCGAUGCCAUUAAAAAUGGUGCACCUGCUAAGUUAUCCCAGAAACAAAUUAGAACAAAAUUAAAAGAGUAUAUGUAG